UGUCCCUUUAAGAGCGUCAGACAUCCAUUAACGGAAGAAGCAGCAGGGAUUUUGUCUCUGCGCCGCCACAAAGUAACGGGUCACUAUGCGUUAAAGACGAACUUAAGGCUACACUGUGAAUUAACAAGAGUUUAAACCCACCGUGGGCUAUUUAGUGAUUUACGGAGCAGAUAGAGAGAAUACUAGAGAGGAUGGCGGCAGAUGUGGAUAAAACGAAUCCUGGAGAGCCAAAGGAUGAGCAUGAAGAUCGCGCAUCUCCAUCAGGCACACCCGACCGCUCACGUUUAAAGCUGACGCUCUUCACCUUAUUCAUGAUCGCUGCUGUUCCAGUUAUGGGCUUUUGCAUUAAGUAUUACCAGGACAUUCAGCUGGUCAAUCGACAUGAAGCAGCAUUAAAGGCGCUGGGAGCAGACGGACUCUUUUUCUUCUCGUCCCUGGAUACGGAUCAUGACCUCUAUCUCAGUUCAGAGGAAUUCAAGCCUAUUGCAGAAAAACUCACAGGUGUGGCACCUCCCCCAGAAUUUGAUGAGGAGACACCACACAAUCCAAAUGGAGAAACGCUGACCCUACAGGCCACAAUGCAGCCAUUACUGCUGGAAAGCAUGACUAAGAGCAAAGAUGGCUUCCUAGGGGUUUCACACAGCUCUCUUAGUGGGCUGCGGUCAUGGAAACGUACAGCUGUUCCUUCAUCCACCUUUUAUGCCAGUCAGUUCAAGGUCUUCCUGCCACCAAGCAGUAAAUCUGCCCAGGGCGACACAUGGUGGAUCGUUCCCAGCGAACUGAACAUCUUCACUGGCUACCUUUCCAACAACCGCUACCAUCCUCCCACACCACGGGGCAAAGAGGUGCUGAUUCACUCUCUGCUGAGUAUGUUCCACCCUCGGCCUUUUGUGAAAUCCCGCUUUGCUCCACAGGGAGCUGUGGCCUGUAUACGAGCCAUCAGUGACUUUUAUUAUGACAUCGUUUUCAGAAUCCAUGCUGAGUUCCAGCUAAAUGAUGUUCCAGAUUUUCCAUUCUGGUUCACACCUGGUCAGUUUGCUGGUCGCAUUAUCCUCUCUAAAGAUGCUUCUCAUGUGCGAGACUUUCACCUCUACGUCCCUAAUGACAAAUCUCUGAAUGUGGACAUGGAGUGGCUGUACGGGGCCAGUGAGAGCAGUAACAUGGAGGUGGAUAUUGGAUACCUGCCCCAGAUGGAGCUCAGGGCAGCAGGGCCCUCCACUCCCUCAGUAAUCUAUGACGAGCAGGGGAACGUAAUUGACAGCCGUGGGGAGGGUGGAGAGCCCAUUCAGUUUGUGUUUGAGGAGAUUGUCUGGAGUGCAGAGGUUAGCAGAGAGGAAGCAGCGAGACGGCUGGAGGUCACAAUGUACCCUUUUAAAAAGGUGCCAUAUCUGCCUUUCAGUGAGGCCUUCAGCAGAGCUGUUGCAGAGAAGAAGCUGGUCCACUCCAUCCUGCUCUGGGGAGCCCUGGAUGACCAGUCCUGUUGAGGUUCGGGGCGGACUCUUCGGGAGACAGUUCUCGAGAGUUCGCCCGUUCUGGCCUUACUCAACCAGAGCUUCGUCAGCAGCUGGUCUCUAGUCAAAGAACUGGAGGAUCUACAGGCUAAUGAGAAGAAUCUGGGUUUGAGUGAAAAGGCUCGUUUACAUCUGGAAAAGUACACAUUUCCAGUGGAGAUGAUGGUGGCGCUGCCCAAUGGCACUGUGGUCCAUCACAUCAAUGCUAAUAAUUUCCUGGACCAGACAUCCAUGAAACCAGAGGAGGAAGAGGGCCCAGCUCUCAGUUUCUCAGCAGGGUUUGAAGAUCCCUCAACAUCUACGUACAUCCGCUUUCUGCAGGAAGGACUUGAAAAGGCCAAAUCUUUCCUGGAAACAUAAAGAUGAUCCUUGAGGGAAGUGUAUGAGGGUGAAAACAAGAAAAAGCUUAGAAAAGACCGACACGAUAUCAGCUUUGCUCCCCCGAGUCAGCUUCGAAAAACAAUAUGCGAAGUAGAGGUCUAAGAGGAACAAUAAACACAACUUUUCCUCAUUCCGUAGGCAGCUGGUGACUGCAUUUUCUUGUACAAGUCCCUUGGCCUGACACAUUCCAUAUGUCUAAAAGUGCACAAUUUAACACCAUUUUAUCACAAGGGCCACAAGUUAAAAGUGCUAUUUAUCACCCUUAUGAAGACUGUAUGGUUUAAGAUGUACACAAUCUGAUACAGCAUUAUAUCGCUGAUAUCGUUUUUACCACUUUUGUUUCAUUGCAUACAAAACCACUUUGUUUCUGUGUGGUUCUGGAUGGUACUGUAAGAGACAGAACUGUGCUGGCUGUGGCUUCCUGGAUGAGGCAGUUUGUGAUGGUCUGGUCUGAAAGCCCAGCGAGGGUGAGGCCAGGCCUGAUGUUGUUGUUUAAGUCUGGGGGAACAAUGCCUUCGUUUCUGUCUCUGGACAGAAUACUGGCACCAUGCUAAAACACACACAAAGAAAAGCUUUGGAUUUUGGCUAAACCACACAGCUGCAGGAAAGCUGCCAUGGGCUCAAAUGUACCAUGACUGAAAUCCGCUUGUAAGGGUGGAGAUGUAUAAUGUCAGCUAUCUAGUUUUUUGUUGUUGUCUUUUUUUUAUAUGAAGCAGCAAGAAAUUGUGAAAUAUAAUGCCAACAUCUCUGACAUGUUUUUUUUCCUACCAUAUUUAAAGGAAUAUUCCAGGUUCAAUACAAAUUAAGCUUAAUCGACAGCAUUAGUGGCAUAAUGUUGAUUACCACAAAAAAUAAUUUUGACUUGUCCUUUUCUUAAAAAAAAACAAACAAAAAUUACAAUGAGGCACUUACAAUGGAAGUAAAUGGGGCCAAUUUUUGGAGGGUUUAAAAGUAGAAAUGUGAAUUGUAUAAUUUUAUAAAAUUACUUCUUCUGUUAAACUUGCGUUUUACAUCGUCAUGGCAAUGAAGUUGUAAAAUUGGCUAUAACUUUACACAGAAAAGUUUAGUAAGCAAUUUUAUCACACUAAAAUCAUGUUAACACGCAUAUUGUUUAUGUCUUGUGGCUAUACUUUUGAAAUAGUGAGUAUUUUAACAUUUACAGAUUGGCCCCAUUCACUUCCAUUGUAAGUGCCACACGAUUGGCUGAUUAGAUGACUGUUGGUGCCAGAUGGGCUGGUUUGAGUAUUUCUGCAACUGCUGAUCUCCUGGGAUUUUCACACACAACAGUCUCUAGAAUUUACUCAGAAUUCUGAAUAACAAAAAACAAGCAGUAAACACCCAGUGAGGGGCAGUUCUGUGGAUGGAAAUGCCUUGUUGAUGAGAGAGGUCAACAGAGAAGGGCCAGACUGGUUCGAACUGUUUCGUACAAUUGUGGUGAGAAGAAUAGCAUCUCAGAGUGCUAUUCUGAGAGCAGGUUGGCACUGAUUUGGUGGCGCAAGGGGGACCUACACAAUAUUAGGCAGGUGGUCUUAAUGUUGUGGCUGAUCAGGGUAGUAUUCACUGUCUUUAAACGGUGCAGUAGGCUUGUUAUUAAAAUCUUUCUUAUUUCUGCAAUUAUGUAUGAAAUAACUCCACAAUGACCGCAGUUUUGAGUAAAGGCAAUUCUGUACAUGUCAAAUAAAUAAAAUGUGCUUUUUAAAAUCAAA